AUGGCCACAGCCCCAGGCCCUGCUGGCAUUGCCAUGGGCAGCGUGGGCAGCCUGUUGGAACGGCAGGACUUCUCCCCUGAGGAGCUACGGGCAGCGCUCGCAGGAUCCCGGGGCUCCCGCCAGCCUGAUGGGCUCCUCCGGAAAGGCUUGGGCCAGCGUGAGCUCCUCAGCUACCUGCACCUUCCCAAGAAGGAUGGCAAGACCGCCAAGCGGGCCCCUCGGAAUGAGCCUUCUGACUAUUCCACCCUCUACUACCGUGAGCAUCCCUGGGGUGGGGACUUCAGCAAGACAUCACUGCCUGAGCGGGGCCGCUUCGACAAGUGCCGUAUUCGUCCUUCAGUGUUCAAACCCACGGUGGGUACUGGCAAAGGCUUCCUGUCCAUGCAGAGCCUGGCUGCCCACAAGGGCCAGAAGCUCUGGCGCAGCAAUGGCAGCCUGCACACGCUGGCCUGCCACCCACCCCUGAGUCCAGGGCCCCGGGCCAGCCAGGCACAGGCCCGGGCCCAGCUGCUGCAUGCCCUCAGCCUGGAUGAGGGUGGCCCCGAGCCUGAGCCCAGCCUGUCGGACUCCUCCAGUGGAGGGAGCUUUGGUCGCAGUCCUGGCACUGGCCCUAGCCCCUUCAGCUCCUCGGUGGGCCAUAUCAAUCACCUCGGGGGCUCCUUGGACCGAGCCUCACGGAGCCCCAAGGAGGUAGGGCCGCUGGCUGUGCUGAGCUGCCUGCCGGAGCCACCUCCCCCCUACGAAUUCUCCUGCCCCAGUGCUGAGGAGGUGGUGGCUUCAGUGCUGCCUGAAACCUGUGAAGAGCUCAAGAGAGGCCUUGGGGACGAGGACAGCUCCAACCCCUUCUCACAGGUACUGGAGGAGCGUCAGCGGCACUGGCUGUCAGAGCUGAAGCGUCUAUAUGUGGAGCGGCUACACGAGGUUGCCCAGAAGGCCGAGCGGAGUGAGCGAAACCUCCAGCUUCAGCUAUUCAUGGCCCAGCAGGAACAGCGUCGUCUGCGCAAGGAGCUGCAGGCUCAACAGGGCUUGGGCCCUGAGCCUCGGCCCCCGGGCACCCUCCCAGAUGGCGAUGCCAACACCCGACCAGAGGAGGAAGCCCGAUGGGAGGUGUGCCAGAAGACAGCAGAGAUCAGCCUCCUGAAGCAGCAGCUGCGGGAGGCCCAGGCAGAGCUGGCUCAGAAGCUGGCUGAGAUCUUCAGCCUGAAAACGCAGCUUCGGGGCAGCCGGGUACAGGCCCAGGCCCAGGAUGCAGAGCUGGCCCGCCUGCGUGAGGCCUUGAGGAGCCUGCAGGAGCAGGCCCCUCAAGAGGAAGCCCCAGGCAGCUGUGAGACUGAUGACUGCAAGAGCCGGGGGCUGCUGGGGGAGGCAGGGGAUGGCGCUGAGCAAUUAUGGGCUGAACUGCUGCAGGAGCGGCUGCGCGGCCAGGAGCAGGCGCUGCGCUUUGAGCAGGAACGGCGGACAUGGCAGGAGGAGAAAGAGCGGGUGCUUCGCUACCAGCGAGAGAUCCAGGGGGGCUACAUGGACAUGUACCGCCGCAACCAGGCACUGGAGCAGGAACUGCGGGCGCUGCGGGAGACCCCCACGCCCUGGAGUCCUCGGCUUGAGUCCUCCAAGAUCUGA